AAUAACUUUUUUUUUGUUCCAUUUUUUUUUACUUUAUAGAACCUCUUGCAUACAUAUGUAUAUACAUCCUAUUUUAUAAUGUCUUUAUUACCUACAAGCAAUACACAUUACACUUAUCAUUCUUUGGAUGGAAAUAGAUAUCAACGACACUCCCGAUCUAUACCACUUUGUCAACGUUUAUUUGGAUGUCCUCAAUUGAACUUUGAGUAUGCUAUAUGGCAAAUGGCUUACUUAUUAAUAGCACCCUCAAGAGUGUAUCGAAAUAUUUAUUAUCAUAAACAAACUAAAAACCAAUGGGCAAGAGAUGAUCCAGCGUUUUUAAUCUUGUUUGCUUUUUUAGUAUGCGUGUCAGCAACUGCAUGGGGUCUAAGUUAUAGUCUAGGUUUUAUUGGUAUCUUACGAACGUUACUUUUCAUGAUCUUCGUGGAUUUUUUACUUGUGGGCAUCUUACUAGCUACUGCUUAUUGGUUUGUGUCCAAUCGUUUCCUUGCACAAGAUGCUAUGGUACAUGCAACAUCUCAAAAAGUAGAAUGGGCAUAUGCAUUUGAUGUCCAUUGCAAUUCAUUCUUCCCGGUAUUCUUGAUCCUUUACGUUGUCCAGUUCUUUUUUAUGCCUUUACUCCAACGGUCGACUUGGAUCUCAUUACUGGUGGGAAACUUGAUGUAUUUUGUGUCUGCACUAUGGUAUACCUAUGGUACCUUUCUUGGUUAUAAUGCACUUCCUUUUUUGGUCCAUACUGAAUUAUUCUUAUAUCCUCUUGGUCUUUCUUCGGUUUUAUUCUUUGUCUCUUUAUUUGGAUUCAAUAUUAGCCAACAUGUUUUAUCAAUCUAUUUUAAAUAAAUAAAUA